AGUAUUAAAAUGUCGCCUUCAUAUAUAUCAUUACCUAUGAAUGCCUUUAAUAAUUAUGGUGACGACGAUAAUGAAGAAGUGGAGUUUGAAGGAUGGUUAAAGGUUGGACACCACAGCCCUGGUAUGACGGUAAAUGGUCCGGGUAAGUACGCCGCAAGCCCUACUGCUGCGAGAAUGUGUCCAAACUGUGGCGACACUCCACAUCACAAGAAACAGUAUACGGACCACGUUCACCCCGUACAAAAAGUAGAGCGUGUUUGUGCACCUAGAGGUUGUGUUAAUGUAGUGAAACAACGUGCUCACGUUCACUGUCGUUGCAAUAAAGGUGUUGAGAUAUCACAUGGCGAUGACAACGAUGUGUUUUACGUUAACAACAAGCAGCACGCGCCUAAGAUAUUAGUCCAGAAGCCUCAGACGGUUAUAGUUCGGAAUCAUUCUCGCCCACCUAUUGUAGUGCAGCAGCCUCCACCAAACGUAAUUGUUAAGAACGAUCCUCCACAACCCGUAUUCGUACAAAACUGCCCACCCAACGUGGUAGUGAAGAACGAGCGGCCUCCACCGGUACUUAAAGCUCCUGGCAUGCCAAUGAAGUACCCUCACGUCAUACGGAGUGGUUACCCUCCAAACUACAUCAAGCCAUGUAACUGCCCAAGAUACUAGCUAGAUCAUGUGUAAUAUUGACAUAAU